CGGGAUUCCGAUCCACACGAACGAACGAACGCAUCCGAGCAAAUCAAACGGACAUCUCUCCCAAAAAACAGCGUUCUCUUUCAAUAGACAGCCUCUUAGACUCGUUCAAGAGCGCGUUAUUGCUGCUGUCUCGCUACUCAUCACAUCUUUGGGACUUCUUGUGUUUAAUUCAUUCGAGAGGAGCGUCGAUCCGGGACGGAACGCUGUUUCAUUGACUGUCAUCCUUAUUCGCUCUGCUUUUUUUUGGACGUUUUUCUCUUUACACUUGAAGGUGUAAAUUAGACAUUGAACUGUCAAGCAGAAUAGCUUUCUCCAAGAACAUCUCUAGGCUAUGAGUACACAAAUGGAGCAGCCGUUCUACCACGACGACUCGUUUCUGUUGGGUUACGCGCACAACGACGCGGCACUACAUGACUACAAACUCCAGAAACAGAGCAUGAACUUGAAUUUGAAUGAGCAAUAUCGGAGCCUCAAAUCGGAGCUUUAUCAGAGCGCGAACGGCGAUGUCGGGUCGCUCAAACUCGCGUCUCCGGAGCUGGAGAGGCUCAUCAUCCAGAACUCUAACGGGGUUCUGACGACGCCCACACCGGGCCAGUACCUCUACGGUCGGGGGAUCACCGACGAGCAGGAGGGCUUCGCGGAGGGCUUCGUCAAGGCUUUGGAUGAGCUUCACCAGAUGCACCACAUGCCCCCGCCCAACGUGUCGAUUGGAGCUGGCGGCGUCACGACGUGCGCGACAACAGCGUCCGUUUUCGGCUCCUCCCUGCAAAACGAGCCUCCCAUUUACACGACGCUCAACGCGUACUGCCCCGCACCAAACCACCCGUCCACCACCAUCAACUACCUGCCUCCUCAUAUUCAACACCCGGAAAACACGCACGCGUUCCAGCACUCCGCGCCGCGCUUCGCGCCUUUGAAAGAAGAACCGCAGACCGUUCCCGACAUGCACAGCAGCGACGGCUCGUCACCACCAAUGUCUCCAAUCGACAUGGAGAACCAGGAGCGCAUUAAAGCGGAACGCAAACGGCUUCGCAACCGACUUGCGGCCACGAAAUGCCGAAGGCGCAAACUGGAGCGCAUCUCGCGGCUGGAGGACAAAGUCAAGUGUUUGAAGUCUGACAACGCUGGCCUGUCCAACACAGCCUCCGUUCUGCGGGAACAGGUGGCGCAACUUAAACAAAAGGUCCUGAGGCACGUGAGCAGCGGCUGUCAGCUCAUGCUGACCAGUAAGAUGGAGGCGUUUUAAACGCGGUUGGACUCUGAUAAACAAACAUAACACUGGAAAUUGUUUAUGUUCCACGGUGAGAACGCGUGCACGCGCUCUCAGAUGAGGUACUUUGGACACGUCCUGGGUUCAGAUACACGAUUAAAGCGAACCAUCCGUCCAGAAGGGGACGGAACGGACUCUGAGGCUCCGAGACGAAGUGGAAAAGGCCAGUCGACGCUUCCGUAUCAAAACUGUGUUUUUGUCAUGAUCCAAAGUGUAUUUGAUCAUGUAAACGCAUCUGAUAUUGUCGUGUGCAGUAACACAACCGAUCCUGAACUCAUAAAUUAUUGUUAGGCUACUGUUCAGGUUGAUCCUGACACUAUGUUACCAAUGUCAUAUGUUUACAAUGUCUUUUUUUCUGUUUUAUGUGUGCGCUGUUUAUUUAAGUAAAGAUUUUGAAAUAUAA